UGAUUUUGACUUUGAAAUGCCAUCGGACAUGGUUUCUUAGCUUUUAAGACGUAUCGCUAUUUCUCCGAUUCUCCAAUUCUCCGAUUCAGAUUUCCGGCGGAAUAUUUUUCACAUUCGGAGAAGAAACCGCGGUACACAAUUCAAACCGCGGUACAUAAUUCUUCAAUCUCAUUCUUGAUUUUGAUCCUUUCUUUCACACGGCCCUUUCCCCCUUCUUCCCUAUGGUCUCUGCAUAGUUUGCGUGUAUGUAAUUCAUUUUAUGAACACAUCUUGUAUAGAUAAAUACUGAGUUUGCACGAGUGUAUUUAUGUAUGGACACAGGUUUUGUAUUGUUGAUUGAUUCUGUUGUAUCCAAAAAUGAUGGAACUCAAUGCUCCGGUUCCACCGCCCCUGAACCCGCCGCCAUCGCUACCGCCGGGUCUUCGCUUCUUCCCAGCUCUCAAUUCUCCACACAAGACUUUCCAUCAGAUCUUGGUCUUCGCCCUCACCUUUACAGCCUACGCCGCCUUCCACGCUUCCCGUAAACCCCCUAGCAUAGUUAAAUCUGUUCUCGGCACAGAUCCCAAAACCCUAAACACCACUAGCAACGCUUCUCUAGAACGGACAGGUGGAUGGGCGCCGUUUGAUGGCCCUGAUGGACCCCACAGGCUUGGCGAGCUCGAUCUCGCCUUUCUGUUGUCUUACUCCGCGGGGAUGUAUUUUGCGGGUCAUAUAGGGGAUAGCAUUGAUCUCAGGCUUUUCUUGACUGCUGGAAUGGUGGGGAGUGGGUUUUUUGUUGUAGUUUUUGGGUUGGGUUAUUUUCUUGAUGUGCAUUGGCUGCCAUUUUUCGUGGUGGUUCAGAUUUUGUGUGGAUUGUUUCAGUCAAUAGGGUGGCCUUGUGUGGUGGCAGUGGUAGGGAAUUGGUUUGGGGAGGGAAGGAGAGGAUUCAUAAUGGGGGCUUGGAAUUCCCAUACUUCAGUAGGGAAUAUUGUAGGCUCUCUAGUUGCCUCAUCAGUUUUGGGAUAUGGUUGGGGAUGGUCUUUUGUGUUGCCUGGGGCUUUCAUUGUGGCUGUGGCAAUUUUGGUUUAUUUGUUUCUUGUUGUAAGGCCAGAUGAUAUUGGUUUUGAUAGGCCAGCAGAUGAGGGAGAGGCAUUGGUAGGUGAAGAUGAAGGAGAGGUGGUGAGAUUAGUGGCAUCUAGAAAUGAAGGCUCUAUAGCAAUUGGGUUCUUGGAGGCAUGGAAACUACCUGGGGUUGCACAAUAUGCAUUCUGCCUGUUCUUCUCCAAACUUGUGGCUUACACAUUUCUGUAUUGGUUGCCCUUCUACAUAAGGCACACAGCUGUUGCUGGAGUGCAUCUGUCUCACGAAAAAGCAGGAAUGCUUUCAACAAUUUUUGAUAUUGGAGGAGUAAUUGGAGGAGUUUUGGCAGGGGUUAUCUCUGAUAAAAUUGAAGCCCGGGCUGUAACUUCAGUUGCCUUCUUCUUGUUGUCAAUUCCGGCCCUUAUUCUCUAUCGCAUUUUUGGAAGUAUAUCCAUGUUCGCCAACGUAGCGUUGAUGCUUAUUUCUGGUUCAGUGGUUAAUGGACCAUAUGCUCUCAUUACAACAGCAGUUGCAGCUGAUCUUGGCACUCAGAGUGUAGCAGGUGGAAGUUCGCGGGCAUUAGCUACUGUAACUGCAAUUAUAGACGGGACUGGUUCUGUAGGAGCCGCCAUUGGGCCACUCCUGGCUGGAUAUAUUUCAACUAGAGGAUGGACUAGCGUAUUUUUUAUGCUUAUUCUGUCGAUAUCCUUUGCAGGCUUGUUAUUGAUUCCUGUUGUCAAAAGCGAGAUUGAAGCAAAGCGGAAUGAGGGGAAAUGGCUUUGGCUUAGAAGGGAUUCUCAAUAGGCAUGACUUACAUUUUGGCUUUGAGCUAUUCUGUUCUUCAAGAUAUUGUGCAUACUUAGUGGAGGAUAUAGAGAGCCCUGGAGCUUCUUUUUUGUCUUGAUAUCUCUUAAAGCUCAGUUCAUGGAUGUAUUUUUGUAUGUAUCAUUGAAAGGGGAUUUGAUAAGGACUUUUUGAGCUAUACUCAGUUUAACUUCCUGACAUUCAACUGAAUUUAGAUUUUUGCCCUAAAGUGUUGUAUGAUUUUAGAAGUUAGAUGGAAUUUACUUGUACCCAGACCUUAGCCAUGUAUCCUUGUCUCCCAACUCCAAAAGUACUAAUGUUGAUUUGAUAUUGA